CGGGACACCCCGAGGCAUCCUCCCCCGCCCGCAGGCCCGCCAGUCCCAGCUCGUGUCCGCGCUCGCAUCUCCCGACCGCGGCUGCGCUGCUCCCCCUUCUGGUCUUGGGACUCCCGGCGUCGCCCCUCCAACAUGACUCGCGAUUUCAAACCUGGAGACCUCAUCUUCGCCAAGAUGAAAGGUUAUCCUCAUUGGCCAGCUCGAGUAGAUGAAGUUCCUGAUGGAGCUGUGAAACCACCCACAAACAAACUACCAAUUUUCUUUUUUGGAACCCAUGAGACUGCCUUUUUAGGACCAAAGGACAUAUUUCCUUACUCUGAAAAUAAGGAAAAGUAUGGCAAACCAAAUAAACGAAAAGGUUUUAAUGAAGGAUUAUGGGAGAUAGAUAACAAUCCAAAAGUGAAAUUUUCAAGUCAACAGGUGAGUGAUCCUAUUAAAUUUUAUUUAUUUGGUGUUAGAGGAAAAACGUUGUCAUUUGAAGAUACCUGUGAUAAUAGCACAAAAGAAGGAAAAGAUACAACCACUGGUAUAAAGGCCGAAAAACCAGUGGAAACUGAAGAAGCAGGAAUGGUGGCUGCAGCAACAGCUUCUGCUAACUUGAAAGCAAGUCCUAAGAGAGGACGACCUGCAGCUACUGAAGUCAAGAUUCCAAAACCAAGAGGCAGACCUAAAGUGGUAAAACAGCCCUGUCCUUCGGAGAGUGACAUGGUUAUUGAUGAAGACAAAAGUAAAAAAAAGGGACCAGAGGAAAAACAACCUAAAAAGCAGCUUAAAAAGGAAGAAGAAGGUCAAAAGGAAGAGGAUAAGCCAAGAAAAGAACCAGAUAAGAAAGAGGGCAAGAAAGAAGUUGAAUCUAAACGGAAAAAUGUAGCAAAACCAGGGGUUACAUCAACCUCUGAUUCAGAAGACGAAGAUGAUCAAGAAGGUGAAAAGAAGAGAAAGGGUGGAAGAAACUUCCAGACCGCUCACAGGAGGAAUAUGCUGAAAGGCCAACAUGAGAAGGAAACCACAGAGCGGAAGCGCAAGCAGGAGGAACAAAUGGAAACUGAGCAGCAGAAUAAAGAUGAAGGAAAGAAGCCAGAAGUUAAGAAAGUGGAGAAGAAGCGAGAAACAUCAAUGGAUUCUCGACUUCAAAGGAUACAUGCUGAAAUUAAAAAUUCACUCAAAAUUGAUAAUCUAGAUGUGAACAGAUGCAUUGAGGCACUGGAUGAACUUGCUUCACUUCAGGUAACAAUGCAACAAGCUCAGAAACACACAGAGAUGAUCACAACAUUGAAAAAAAUACGGCGGUUCAAAGUUAGUCAAGUUAUCAUGGAAAAGUCUACAAUGUUAUAUAACAAGUUUAAGAAUAUGUUUUUGGUUGGUGAAGGAGAUUCAGUCAUCACCCAAGUGCUGAACAAAUCUCUUGCUGAACAAAGACAGCAUGAGGAAGCAAAUAAAACCAAAGAUCAAGGGAAGAAAGGGCCAAACAAAAAGCUAGAAAAGGAACAAACAGGUUCAAAGACCCUAAAUGGAGGAUCUGACGCUCAAGACAGUAGUCAUCCACAACAUAAUGGUGACAGUAACGAAGAAAGCAAAGACAGCCAUGAGGCUGGCAGUAAGAAAAAAUCACCCGGAGAAGAGAGAGAGGCUGAACUAUCUCUGAAGGAGUCACCACUAGAUAACUAGAUUGGCAGACAUGGGGUGUAAUGAGUAUGUGAAGUCUGUUGUGAGUGGCUUCAUCUGAAAUACUUAGGCUGCUGACUGAAAGGAUUAAAUUUUUUAUAAGUAUAGGUUUUGAUGUUUAAGUAGUUUGGGGAAAGAAAAAUCCCUUUAUGUUUGUGUAAAAGUAAAACUUAUUGCUAAUUUUCCGUGUGCAGUAUUAACAGCUCCAUCAUCCAGUUCAAGUGUGAGGGAAACCUACUUAGAAAGGUUGACCUGCUUUAUAGACGUGACUAGUGUAUUUCAGUUAGUGUGUGUGUGUGUGUGUGUGCACAUGUAAUUGGUAGUAGGCCAGUUACAUUUUAAAACUGCUACUUGUAUAAAUCGUUCUUCUCCCAAAUAACGUGGGUUUGUGCAUAGUUUUUACAAAUCUUGGAUUUACCAGACUGUCUUUUCACUGUUUGUGGGUUUUUUAGAAGUUGAGCAUUUUUAUGGUUGAUAAAAUGAAUGUUACUUCUAAGUACUCACUCCUUUUUAUCAGAAGUUAAUGUAACCUCAGUCUAUUGUGCUGCAUUAGCUUGCUUCUUCCUAAUAAUGUGUAGUCUGUGUGACACCCCCAUGUCCAACUAGAAGGUACAAAUUUGAUGACUUUUGAAAGUAAUUUAGUUUCAGGGCUGUGAAUUCAGUGGAGUCAGAAUUAAAGAGAACAGAUUGGGUAUAUAGAGGAACUUCAUAUACAAUCCUUUAUAGUUACUAAUCACAAAAACCUAAAACUAGUUUGUUUUUAAUCUCACACAUUAAGAAGGUCAUGCUCAUUGAGGUAUGUGUGUGUUUUUAAAUUGUAAUCAGUCCAUGAUGCUUAUUAAGUGGUAAAUAAAUAAGAAAACUAAUGGGAUUUGUAUUUAGUUUCUGUAUCAUCAGGCAUCACAAGAUUACAAAAAUAAAAGGUAGAAAACAACAGUUGCUCCAAGACAGUAAGUAGAUAAUCCAUACACACAAAGAGACCAUCAGAGUCUGUUAAGGUCUUCUGAGUAAUCACGUCAUCAUUGGUUUCCAAUAGGAAGAAAGGUUCAUCACUAUGCUUUGAAAUUUUAAUGGGAAAGUGACUUAAUAGCAGUGUUUUGUGUGUUAUGUUUAUAUGACCUUGACGUCUCAUAAUUAUUUUCACUUAUGUAAAGGGCUUUGAAUUAUUCAGUAAUUGAACUUUUGCUCUUAUUGAACUACUGUUUGGGGCAAAUGCUGUACAUUAUCUACACCACUCUUCUGUUUUGUCCUUAGUACAUUUUUAGCUUGAAUGGAAAUUAUUCUAGUUAAGACAUAAGUGUCAAAUGUGUAAACUUGUUUUAAUUAAAAUUUUUUCUACCAAA